AUGAAUAAAAAUCUUAUAUUCGUGUUCAUUUUAUUUGCUACGCUUUCUGCGGUCAAUUCUUUGCCGUAUAAACUUGAUAAAAGAAGCUCUAGUCUUGAAUGGAGUACAUGCUACACGUCUGCUGGUACCUUUCCAAAACUUAAUGUAGUAGCGGAAAAUGAUCCCGUCGAAGGUCAAGAAGAUACUUUUACAGCUUCUGGACCUAUUCCAUCAGACAUAAAUUCAGACGACCAACUUUACAUGAUAUUCAUUGACGAUGACGAUCCCAAAAAUGUACAUACCUUUUCGACACCCGUCUGCGGGUCAGGAAGUCUUCCCCAAUGUCCAAUUAAAGCUGGAUCACAAUUUAGUGUAAAUAUUACACUUACGGUCCCUACAGUUCCUGAUGCUUAUGACAUCUAUGCCGUAAUUGGAAAUCCACCCGAUGAAACUUUAGCCUGUGCAUAUACCGAUCUUUGGCCUGAUCCCCCUAAAUAG